AUGUGUGAUCGCAUGGGUGUUAUUAAACAAUUACAGAACGUUAUGUCAGCCAUUGGUGGUGGUUGCGGUGGUAGCCCUCCGCCGUGCUGUCAGCCGUGCUGUACACCGUGCUGCGGUCGCGAUGCCGUGUUGGCUGUGGGCCAGCCUCCUCGUCCAAUAGCAGCGUUCGAUAAGGCUACCAUAGCGAUAGGCCAACAUGGACCAGGAUGCUUUAAUAUAAGCUGA